AAACGCUAUUUUCGUUUGAGUUGGUUGAUCAAGGACGAUGUACGGAAGCUUCUGCAACGAGUCGUCUGUAUAAACAAUAGUUCAUUGCGGGACAAAGCAAUGGCCAUGCACGUAUACAUAUGGGUGCUCCCGGGAAUCGAACCCAUAAUUCUUGCGUAGCAAGCGCCAUGCUGUACCAACUGAGCUACAGGACCACAGACAGCAAUAUCCAACGUUACGUUUCUCUCAAGAUUAGAAUACUUGUGUUGUAGCUAUACAGUAACACGUUAGCUAACGUGCUAGCCACAGUAGCUAGCCAGGGCUACAGUUGGCAUCCAUGCCAUACUUGUGACAUACAGUUAAUUCAGGUUUAGCUCAUGUCAGCUACGAUGUAGUUGGAAUCAUUUUUAAUAACUGGCUCUCUGAAGUUUAUUUUGCUGCCACCAAGGUGAACGUCUUUCUGCCCACCAUCUUUUCUCAUUUCAACUUUGACCCUUCGCCUCUGACCCAACAACACAUGGCAUGCUUCUGUCCUCGUUUAUUCAAAACUAUAUUUAUUUAUUUGUUUUUUUUAAAUCAUAUUAUUGUACAAAAAAACGGAAACGUAGCUAAUACACCAGUAUUUAUUGUUUUGAGUGGUCUUUUUAGUGGUAUGGGGAUCCAGUAUUGCGUCGCUGAUUGCAUUGAUUGACAGAUCAUCCCUGAAGUUGUUUUAUUGCGUAAAAGUGCAUUCACAUUAUGACGUUGGCUGAGUUACCGUAUAAAAUGCGAUAGUUUAUCUCUUUGGUAAUCACUUGGUAAAGUUUUACAUGAUGGGAACAUAGGCUCCAGCCAUAGACUUUAACCAUGGAGGAUAAUAAGAGUUUAAACGAAGAUGAUCCACAUGAUCAUCAAAGUUUGGAAGGUCAAGUCCAGAAAAUGAAGAAUGAUAUCCUGGGUUUAAACUAUCCUGAAGAUAGUGAAGUGAAGGAUCCCCUGCCUCAGAUCGAGCUGAAGGCUGUGACAAGGAGAAAAGUUAAGACCAAGAGGAGGACCAGUGCCAACAGGUCCACAGUUGAACAGAGCACUGAUACUGAUGCAGCUGAGAGAGAUUUUGUUGAUAAUCAGAGUGAUGAAGAUGAGGAUAAGGUGAAGAAGGAUCCCCUGCCUCAGAUGGAGCAGGAUGCCGUAAAGAGAAAUAAAGUCAAGACCAAGAGGACCAAGAGAAACAAAGUGGAGCAGAUCACUGAUACAGAUGCAGGUCCCUCUACAUCUGUGGAAUUUUCUGGGAUGACAGUUCAGGGGACAUCUCACCAGGGACAAUCUAAUGAAAAGAUCCUAAGUGAGUGUGUCUCCAGGGCCUGUCAGACCAGGGCUCUUGACCUCCCGCCAAUCGAUCCGGAUGCUUUCAACCCGAUUAUCAUCCGUUUUCUGGAAAAACUUACUGAGGAGCAAUGGAGGCAGUUAAGCAUUGGCAGGAUGGACCCUGUGAUGAGGGCAUUGCUUGCAGAGAUGUGCCUGGAGAUUGUGCGGUUUGUAUCUGAGGCCAUCCUGGAGGUCAUCAUCCCUGCAAUUUUCCGUUUUGUACGGAUAUACAGCCAUGUGUCUCCAGUAUCCGGCAAGUCUCUGACAGAAUCAGAGAGAUCCUCUAGCACAAACCUGAAGGUUCGCAAGAGAGGCAGCAGCAAAUCCUCAAGGUCUUGCACGGCCAAAUCAAGCUCCUCUCGUAAUGGGUCUCAGACAGUGUUGCCAAAUACUCAGGGAGAUGGUGAGUCGAUAUCAUCUGAGCCACUCAGUGACUUUUUUGGGAUCACUGAGGACAGUCUCCUCACUGGUGUCCAGGAUUCCUUCAAAGAGUCGCUGAACAAUGUCCUCUGUAUCCAAAGAGAGGGCCAGGUAGACACUCAAAGUCUAUCCCAGGUUAUUGUUGGAGAAGUGUCAAAGAAGGUCAAUUCCAUAAUCUCUGUGGCCAUCCAAACUCCCGUCUCUGGGCGAAUGUCCCCUGUCAUUUUUGCCAGUGGUGGUGUCUCCAGCACCAAGGUGGUUGAGGAGAUGGUGUCUGGCGUUUCCAACAUACUUCAGAUGUACAUUAAUGGGAAGAGUGUUGAGCAGAGUGUUGUUCUCAGAGAGGAUAGAGUUGAGGUGGAUAUGACACAUUUAACAGGACAGGUCAUGACAGCCCUCAGUGGCACUGUUUUGAACUUCAGCAAUAAGGAGGAAAAUGAUCCCGACAAGAGGGAACUGCUUUGUGUUGUUGCUGACCAUAUGAAGAUGCUUGAAGCUUGUAAAAGUCCUGAGGAGAUGCUAAAACAAGGAGAGAGCAACCUCAAUAUCAAAGGUGCCAAAUCUAGUCUUCGUCUGUCAACACAAAGUAUGGACAGACUACUCACUGAGGAGUUUCAGACCAAGGCCACUGAAUCGAUCCGGGAGAUUGUUAAAAGAUUCAGGGGUUGUACAUCAUGUUGUUCUGGCACUACAUCAUCUAGUCCAACUCCUAGGAUUGGUGAGAUCAGAGACCUUAUGAUUGAGCCUGAGGCCUCUGAGUUGGUAAGUACCUUUGUUUCAGACAUGGACAAUGUUACCCAGUUUAUCAGGGCAUCCUGCUCUCCUGCACAGAGUGAGCAGAUCCUUCUUGAAAACCAUCAGAGUAAGAUCUGGUCUUACACUGUUGGCUGUUACUACGACAUGAAAAAUACGCUGAAGAGGAUUCUUACCUGUCCAGAAAAAGGGGAUCUCGCAAGUACAUUUGUGGAGAGCACAAAAGAUUAUUUCACAAUGGUUCCAACUUUGUGCCUGGACGUUGGUCAUUCCAGUAAUGGUGAGGCUGACACAUCCGACUCCAUUUCUUGUAAACCACUUUUAAUAACCCCCUCAUCUAUGAAUGAACAAAAAGGACAAAGUGAGACCCCAAAACCUUUCUUGGCUCUCAAAAAGUAUUUGCAAGACCAAGUCCUCCUUGACACCACAAAAGCGAUUGCCAGCCAGGUUCUAGUCUUGUAUAAGACUGAGUUGAUGGAGAAGUUCUCAUCUUCUGUUGGAGAGUGUGAUUCUGAAGAGUCUCUGGAGGCCAUUCUAUUUGUGGAUGGCAUCAUGUCUGACUUGAAUGGUUUCACCAGUUCUUGUUCCGCCUCACCAUCUGAGUUGUUAGACAGUGAACAAUGUCUCUCCCAUCUCACUUUUCCACUUGGUAUGCAGGACAGCACCACCAACAGUGAAUCUACCCAGAGUCUUCCAGUUAUAAAUAUGAAGAAACUCUCCAGUGUGUCUUUCCAGACAAAGGCUAGAAAGGCAGUGAGUGAAGCUCUGAGAUCUGUCAACCCCUUUACAAACAGCUUACUGGGAGACUCUGAAGCAUCUAAAUUACUGGACACUUUUGUAACAGAUGUGGAGACUAUUGUUCAGUCCAUGCAGGCACAUGAAUCUGAAAUUCUCAGAAUUUCAAAAGUGAGCACCCUUUCUGCUGCUCGUAUUAUAUAUCAUAGAUUUCGAGAAAUGCUGAGGCGGUUUCUCACUCCCUGCCAAGACUCUGUAAAGGUCAUUGAUGGUGUUACACCAAUACAUGAUGAGACUCUCAAACAGGCUCCUAGUGAAAGUUUAGAUUCUCAGGUGACUUGUAAUAGUGAUUCUCCUGAAAUCCAAGCGGACCUUCAAACCUGUACCAAGGAGGUCAUUAGUCAGAUCCUCACUGUGUAUCACUCUGAGGAAUCCAUGGAGAAAUGCCUCUCUAGCCUAAAAGGAGAUACAGAAGACAUGUCCAAGCUUUUGGAUGCCGUUGUUUCUCAGAUUGACGUCCUUGCCGCCUCCAAAUCAUAUUUAUCUGUUGAUGACUAUGCUGUCAAUACACAGGACAAUUUGCAUGGUGAGAUCAACAAUGAUGAAGAGGAAGCAUCCUCUAGAAGUCUUAAAUCCACAGCCUUUGACAAACUAUGUACUGAUGAGUUUCAAACUAAAGCCUCACAUUUGGCUGCUGGGAUCCUCCAAUCAGGGUUGAUUGGCAUUGUAAAUACCAGCCUUGAUGGUAGAAGUGCAGAGUCCAGUAAUGAUGGUGAUGAUAGAGAUGUCAAAACCCUUCAGAACCGUGGAACUCCACCUUUGUUCACCUCUUCUCUACACACCAAUUCUGCAGCAUCCAACAUCGUCAUAAGCAUCACUAAAGACCUUAAUAGCUUCACCCAGAUGACUAAAAUGUCUGAUGCUUCAGUGUCUGGCCAGUUAGAGAGAUCCCUGUCAGCUUCAACCCUUCCUGUCAGUGUUCACAACGGGGUCAAUGUGAAAGGAAAGUUCAUUUGGCCAGGCACUGUUAACCUGUUCAACAAUGUGUUCAUCAAGGUCAAGGAUUUUUUUGCCCAGCAACAACCGGUACUCCUAGACAAUGUGGUUGAGGCCCCCAAACAUGCCGAAUCCAUAUGCAGAACAGCUACUUCUACACAAAUGACUUACAGUGAACAUGAAGGCAGCCAGACCAGCAUGGUAAAUUAUUCCAAAGCCUUAAUUAGUCAGACUUUGAUGACAAUCCAGAGGAGAGUGUCUAUGUCAGAGAGGAUGAGCACCUCAGAGAAAGGCCUCUUGACUCGUUCCAUCGUGGGCUCCAUGUUGGAGGAUGUUGACAUGGUGAGAACUGAUGGACACGAGAUACACCGGCCAUCCUCCUCAAAGUCCUGAAUGAUGAAUGGCACGACAAUGGGCCUAAGGAUCUCGUGACGGUAUCUCUGUGCAUUCAAAUUGCCAUUGAUAAAAUGCAAUUGUGUUCGUUGUCCGUAGCUUAUGCCUGCCCACACCAUAACCCUACAGCCAACACGACGCCAUAUACGUGGUCUGUGGUUGUGAGGCCGGUUGGACAUACCGCCAAAUAUUCUAAAACGACAUUGAAGGCGGCUUAUGGUAAGGAAAUAAACAUUCAAUUCUCCGGCCACAGCUCUGGUGGACAGCAUGCCAAUUGCACGCUCCCUCAAAACUAGUCAACCAGCGUUUAUCCUUGCUUCUAUUUUUCUCAGUCUGUCUCAGAGACAUCUGUGGCAUUGUGUGGUGUGACAAAACUGCACAUUUUAGCGUGGCCUUUUAUUGUCCCCAGCACGAGUUGCACCUUUGUAAUGAUCAUGCUUUUUAACCCACAAGAGUCUAAGCCCUGUUUAGGCCGAGGGGUUUGUAUCGGCCUUACUGCUAUUUGCCCAUACAAACACAUUGAACAACAGAUUCACUACAUGGAACUGAAGUGUCUGUCCUAAAUCUGAGAGAUAGAAGUUGACGAAUAUAUUUAUAUGUAUAUAUAUUUUUUGCAUGUUUUUAUCCACUUUUUGGCACUAAACAGUCUAAGCCCUUGGGGGGCCUAUGUAACACUUCUGCGUUAAAUAGGCGGAUUGAGACUGCUAGGAUACCUGCCGCCCUACAUUUGUAAAUGAUGUAGAAUAUUACAAUUUAAAUAAUAAUAAUGCAAUACUAAUUCUUCACACUAACUAGGGUCAGUAAAAGAAAAUGUUAUGUUUACAUUUUUUUUCCAGAAAUUGUCAAUGAUCAAGAAUCCUGCCGAACAGAGAGUGUGUGCUCCACCAAGAAGAAACCAAGGAAGCGUUCGCUCAUUUCCAGGAUGUUUUCAGCUAUAGGCAAAGCCUUGUCCAGUCCCUUUACUUCCUGCUAUAAAAAGAAGAGCACCUAAUCUAUAUUUCAAAAUAAAUAUUUGAAAUGAACAUAA